AGCGCUGAUGGUCAAGAAUUGAUGGCAUGCUCACUAGAUGGUACAGUUUCCUACAUGGGUUUCAAAAAUUCCGAGCUCGGAACACCAUGGGCCACAGCUGAGUUGGUUCGAUUGCAUCACAAGGCCUAUGGCCAGAGCCUGCUCGAAAAAUUCGAUCCCGAAUCGGCUGUAGCGAUUGGACUACCCAAAGGCGUGUGUGCUACCGGGCCCGGACGGAAACCGAACGGUAAUUUGAACCAGUCGGAUAUUAUUCUGGAGACACCGGAAGCGUUGGCACUCCAACAAACUCAAGCUGUAAUUUGUAAACGCUUGAAAGAAAACGCAGAAAGUAAUUCGUGCACACCUGCGGCAAGGCCACCACCAGCAGGACCUUCGAAGCAAAUUGAAACGCGUGCUAAGGAUGGCCGACGCCGCAUCAUUCCAAAAUUUCUCGGGCAUUUAGACGCACCGGAUGAUGAUUCAAAUCCACAGUUCUCCUCCACAUCGCAGUCUGCUCAACAAGCCUCUUGGUCACCGAGUCAGACUCAGUCACCCAGUUCGGCCAAUCGUAGCACCACCCCACGUCCGGCGGAAAGCGGACACACACGUCCGGCGUCAACACACUCCCUUCCCAAUUCUUCGAGUACCGUUCCCAGUCCCAAAUCCACAAUCGCCAAUAGAACUCCCGUUCAGGAAGCACUACGCAUGGAAUGCAAUCUCAUUAAGACGCAAGAGACUCCUAAGGGUUCUCCAUCACGUGCUCCAGAUGUGGCCGAAAAAUCCAGUUCAAACAAAGAAGUCGAACCCCCUAAACCUCCUCCAUGCGUCACCAUUGCUGUUGAUGGGGUCAGUCAACCGCAAGAAGCAGUUACAUCACCCGAACAAGGAGCUUCUCGUAAACGUGCUCUUCCUGAUAUGGACGCGGAUGCUACCUCGGAUCAGGCGGGCGAGGAAGCGGGGCGCAAAAUCGGUCGUCAAAAGAAAAAACGUCGUGUUCGACUAUUCUUAGACCCAGAUGAAGAAUCAUCUUCCGCUGUCACCGACAAAAAAACUGUGUCCUCUCACCACGGCAAGAGCACAUCUGGAGACAGCGCGACAGGUGGUUCUGCACCGAAAUCUAAAACUUCUCUUGCGGUAGAAUCUGAAACUGCUGUUCGCGAAGAUGUAUCCGAAACGCUUCCCAAAAGCUCCCUCGGGGCACGACUACCGUUCCGCAUACCAACACCAGAUCAAUUAGCUAACGAGACAAAGAUCAAGUUUGUUUGUUCCCAUCCAAUCGAUGGCCCGAUCUUGAUGGAAUUGUCCUCGAACACGACCACAGCGGGAACUCGACCACUUGUUGCACAAUCCGACAGUUGCGGUAUUUAUCGCAUCUCGGCAUCCAGGGGAGACCGUCCCUUGUGGGAAAUUGUCAGUGAAAAGCGUCUAACGGCUUACUCGUACACUGACAAUUUAGUUUCAAUCGGUGAUCUGGACGGUCGCGUUCGUCUUUUGUACAGUACUGGAGGCUCUCUAUGCCCUCCCAUCAUGUUAGAUUCUCCAAUUCAUUUACUCACACUUACCUCAUUGAAUGUGGCCGACGAACAGCACUCGGAAAUGGGGUCGCAAAAGACGUUGAACAAUUCGUCGUCCAGUCUAAGUCGCCUGCACACGGUGGUGAGCGGUGGAAAAUCGGUCCCCAACGGUUUCUGUUCCCAACCAACCGGAAGAAAUAAUCAGUAUCGUCUGGUGGCCCUUUGUCAGUCCGGUCGUCUCAUAAUUUGGCAUCUGAAUAUUCCUGCCACCGGAUGUUCAUCAAACUCUAUCUUAUAUUCGCCCUCCGUUUUUCCACAGUUCGUCGUAGAGUCCUCACUACACGAUCUUUUUACAACAUCCCAAUCUACUUACGCCUCUAUGACGUUCGGACCCAACGGACAACCUGUGGUUCACAAACGUGACGGAUCGUCUUACAUGUUCCACGUAGAAGGCCGUUUGUGGUUGGAACUAUUCGACGGUUCUAAUCCCACUCGUUGUUCGGCCGCACUGUCAACCGCACGCGCUUGUCCUUCCGGGCNNNNGAUGUUGACUAAAACCGUCAGUGCCGGAUCCGAUUAUGCAAAGUACGCACGUGACCGAUAUUUCCUCAUAUUUAUUUACCUAUAUGCAGGCUAUUGA